AUGCCACCAGUCCGUGAAACUCGAACGCAAAGAUUAUUAAGAUACUCACCUAUAAAUGCACAAUUAUUAAGAGAGAACACUCUUGACAAGUUCAAAGACUUGUAUUAUGGAAUAAAAAACUAUUUUACCGAGUGGAAUAAUAAUUCUUUUGAAAUUAAUGAAGACUUUCAACAACUACAACAAUGGGAACUAAGAAUGCCUGUCGUCCCGGGCGCCUUUCCUGAUUCGACGCGUCAAAGGUAUCUUCGGAAGAAAUACGUGGAAAAAUGGAAAGGUCACGUCAUGAAGAAUAGAAAGCUCGAGGAGAUAUGCAAUAGUUAUUGUGAAAGAAAAGCAAUUUCCACGCAACGUAAGAUAUUUACUAGAUGGUUAGAUGCAAUCGAUGAGGCGCAGCGACAGAGACGCAUAAAACGUAUGAAACGUGUAAAGUUUAGCGCGAAUGAAGAGGAUCUCCCACCAACGGGAAUCUUGAAGAAAUAUGGUCGAGAAAGUUUCCGUGACUACCAAAAAUUCAAUUGUCGCUUCAAUGAAAUCCCACAAGUCCACGAAUACCAUCCAAUCUCAGACAAUCAAAUUAAAUAUGUGACAAUAGUCGGCGAAGAUAAUGUAGAACUUAUUGAGGAGGUCGAAGAAACCGAACUUGAAAAGUAUACGAGAAAAUAUGACAAACCCCGAGAAUUAACGGAGAUUGAGAAAGAUGCAAAGUGGUGGGAGUUUAAGUAUCUGCAGUUCGCGAAGAAACGACCAAUUCAUAGACGGGCUUUGAAACAAUAUCGAGAGAACGAAGAGCCAAAUGAACGUCUAUUAAAGGCACUUAUUUGA